UAACCAUAUAUAAGUUCGAAAUCUCUUUCCCCAAUGGCUGCACUUAAAAAAACUGGGAUUAGGGUUUGCCUUGUUUAAAAAAAGAAAAAAUAAAUAAAACUUCAGGUUAAUCAUAAGAAGCCGCCGACCCGCCUCAUCAUCAUCUUCCCUAUCUUUUUCGUGAGCGCCAGCAGCCACCCGUUCUCUUCAUCUUCGCCGGCAGCCUCCACACCACUCCACCCGCGCCGCCGAUUAUCCUACGCCGUCCGUCACCGGUCGCGACCACGGUGCACAACCGUCGCUCUCGCCGUCUCCGCUGUUUGAUCGUCAGAAGCGUCGGUCAGCAUCGUUUGAGAUUCAAGUUAUAAUCGGUGUAACUUAGUAGUUUUGGACCAGGGGAUUUUUGGAUAUCGAAAGGAAGAAGGCAAAGAGAAGAGGAAAAGAUGAGGCUACUGACUCAUAACAUGCUCUCAUCUAACAUCAAGGGCAUCAUCAAUGGCUUUCCGCUUCGAAUCGAGGUCGAGAAAGUCGUUGAGAAGCCAGUCGACUUCAAUCCAGACUUCCUCAAGAACAUGUUCUCCAAGAUCGAAUGGAAGCCCCUUGUCGAUGCUUCUCGGACUAUGGGCUAUGCCGAGCUUCCCGAGGAGGCUGAGGCAUCAAUGCUAGACUCCCAUGACUUUCUGCAACGAUUCCACCAUGCGCUUCUGGAGUUGCAUCUCGAGGAAGGCGCUCUUAUUUGCCCGGAGACUGGUCGUCGAUUCCCUGUCAAUAAAGGUAUUCCCAAUUUGCUUCUUCACGAAGAUGAGGUCUGAGUUUGAGAUUUUACAAAUUCCUUCUAUUUUCAAUUGUAUUCGGUGCUAGAAAGGAAAAUCCUAGGGUUUCGCUGGACCAAGCAUAGGGUUUUUGUGGAUGCUUUGUCAUGAACUGGGAAAUUAGGGUUUAUGCCUUUCUUUGCUUUUGUUGGGCGUGAUGGGAUUAUUCUCUGUUUACCAAUUUGAUGGGUGAAAACUAGUUCGUAGCAUAUAAUUUCUAUACGAUUUUUAGUACUGCUUAAAGUAAGAAAUAUGCAAAAUGGGAAAAUCAAAGCCCAUGGCCAGAGGCCAAAGGGGGGCUAAAAUUAUUCUUUAUGUAUCGACCUCAAUUGUCCAAUAUUUCACAUUUUGACAUUUCCAUUACGUAGAUCAAUUUUGCCACA